GUCUGUCCCACCCUGGGCGGUCCCCCCUUUUAAACCCAAGUCUCGGGAGAAUUUCACCCAAACCAUGACGGAUCUGGAGAAGCCCAAUCUCGCAGGCCACAUGUUCGACGUAGUCGUGAUUGGAGGCGGCAUCUCAGGAUUGGCUGCUGCCAAACUGUUGUCUGAAUACAAAAUUAAUGUCUUGGUUUUGGAAGCCCGGGAUAGAGUUGGAGGAAGAACAUAUACUGUGAGGAAUGAGCAUGUCAAAUGGGUAGAUGUUGGGGGAGCCUAUGUGGGACCAACCCAGAACAGAAUCUUACGCUUGUCUAAGGAGCUAGGCAUAGAGACCUAUAAAGUGAAUGUCAAUGAGCGUCUAGUUCAAUAUGUCAAGGGGAAAACUUACCCAUUCCGUGGUGCAUUCCCAUCUGUGUGGAACUUGGCAUAUUUGGAUUACAACAACCCAUGGAGAACAAUGGAUGAAAUGGGGAAAAGAGGUCAAAAUAUCCCUGUUGAUGCACCGUGGCAAGCAAGACACGCUCAGGAAUGGGACAAGAUGACCAUGAAAGAUCUCAUUGAUAAAAUCUGUUGGACAAAAACUGCUCGGGAAUUUGCGUAUCUUUUUGUGAACAUUAAUGUGACUUCUGAGCCUCAUGAGGUAUCUGCCCUGUGGUUCCUGUGGUAUGUGAGGCAAUGUGGGGGCACUGCUCGGAUAUUCUCAGUCACCAAUGGCGGCCAGGAACGGAAAUUUGUAGGUGGAUCUGGCCAAGUAAGUGAACAGAUAAUGGGUCUCCUUGGAGAUAAAGUGAAGCUGAGCUCUCCUGUUACUUAUAUUGACCAAACAGAUGACAACAUCAUUGUAGAAACACUGAAUCAUGAACACUAUGAGUGCAAAUAUGUAAUUAGUGCCAUCCCACCGAUUUUGACUGCCAAGAUCCACUUUAAACCAGAGCUUCCACCUGAGAGAAACCAAUUAAUUCAGCGUCUUCCAAUGGGGGCUGUUAUCAAGUGCAUGGUGUAUUACAAGGAAGCCUUCUGGAAGAAAAAGGACUAUUGUAGCUGCAUGAUCAUUGAAGAUGAGGAGGCUCCAAUCGCCAUCACUCUGGAUGACACUAAACCAGAUGGGUCACUGCCUGCCAUCAUGGGCUUCAUACUUGCCCGGAAAGCUGAUCGACUUGCUAAACUACAUAAAGACAUAAGGAAGAGGAAAAUCUGUGAGCUGUAUGCCAAAGUUCUGGGAUCUCAAGAAGCAUUAUAUCCAGUCCAUUAUGAAGAGAAGAACUGGUGUGAGGAGCAGUACUCCGGGGGCUGCUACACAGCCUACUUCCCUCCUGGCAUCAUGACCCAGUAUGGAAGGGUGAUUCAGCCAGUAGGUAGGUUUACUUUUGCAGGCACAGAGACAGCAACACAGUGGAGUGGCUACAUGGAAGGAGCAGUUGAAGCUGGAGAACGAGCAGCUAGAGAGGUGUUGAAUGCUCUAGGAAAAGUCGCGAAGAAGGAUAUAUGGGUUGAAGAACCGGAGUCCAAGGAUGUUCCAGCCAUUGAAAUUACCCACACCUUCUUAGAGAGGAACCUGCCUUCCGUGCCUGGUCUGCUCAAGAUCACUGGUUUUUCCACUUCUGUGGCUCUUCUCUGCUUUGUAUUGUACAAGAUUAAGCAGCUCUGAUGCUGAAGUUUCACCCUCAGGCCUCCUGCUUGAUCACCCUUAGCACGAUCAGCAUGUGAAAGAAAGUGUGGAUAAAUUACAGCCUGUGGUUUGGGCCAUUUAAGUGCACUUGAUUUAACCCUCAUCAGUUUAAUUUCAGUCUUUGUAAAGUGAUAAGAAUCCAAAGAAUCACCUAGCUAAUUUCCAUAAGAACAAGUUUCAUCCUGUUUGUUAGACUAAUUUGUGUGGGUUGAGAGAAUAAAAUGUUGAGUGCUUAAUUUCAAAAAGUGAAGUGCUUCUGAGGAAUAAUUUCUGGGUUCUUUUGUUUUCUUUUUGCCUUUAAUGCAAAAUAGCUAAUUCAGAAAUAAAACACUUGACUUACUGUGACUUUUGUGUAGCGUCCAAGGUGUACAGAGGAAAAUAGUGGCUGAAGUGUUCCCUAGGUAUCCUCACUGACUAGUUCCAUGUGAUACACACUACACUUGGCACUUUCUUUUCUGGACUGUAUCUAGACAUGCAUUUACCCUUGUCAGUAACAUUCUGUGCUGAUUUAAGGAAAUUAGCAUUAUUUUAAUGUAGUCCAUAGUUAUCUGAUCAGAGGAUUAGAUCUCUAAGUCUACCUGUGUCUUCAAGAUGGUUAUAUUUUUCUGUUGGUUGAUAGUAUACCAUUUUUUCUCAAUUGCCAAAGGACAUAUGAAAUUUUCUCUAUUGUUAUUUGUUGAUACAGUCAAAUACAGAAAUUAAAUUUGGGCUCCGUGUGAUAACAUGACUUGCUUGAAUUAUUAGGUUUUAUAGCAGACAUUAAAUUGGAUGAUUUUAUAUACCCAAACUAUGGUCUCUAUCUUAGGAGUGUUGUGGGUCCAGAAUGAUGCCUGUCUUUUCUCUUUCCCAUCUGAAAAAUUAUCAAUUAAAAAAACUUUUCAAAGGUUUCAACCACAAAGCACUUCUUUUUCUAAAAAAAUGUAAACAAAUUUUUUAUUUAAGAAGAACUAUGCCAGCAUAUGCUGGCCAAUCCAAGUUUAUUAUGCUAGCUUUAUCCUAAAUAUAAAUUUAAGCCUCUAGAUGCUCAUGUGAGGACAUAAGUCCUUUAAAGUUUUGUGCAUUCUAAGAGCAAAUACCUAGAUUCUGUACCCUACUCUAUCUUAUAAUUCAAAAUAUUUUAACUAAUUUAAAAGAUUCAGUGAUGUCUUAGAUAUUCUCCAGUCCAUAAGGAGUCACCCCAAUUCAUAUCAAACUGCAGUGAGUACUCUCAGCACUAAUCUACCACAGUUGUAUUAACUUAGUCCUGACUUAGCUUGAAAUUUUAAAUGCCUGAAUUGGCAAGAGGUCUAAAAGUAUUCAGAUUGUUAACAUUGAACUGUUGAAUAUUGAAAACCUCCUGAGUUUGCAGUUUACUCCCCUCUGCUUCUUAGAAAAUCAAUUCAUCUAUCUUAAUGAUAUCAACCCUAUUCAGCUACAGUUUGAGUAUUAAAAUGAUUUCCAGUACAGAUGUGCUUAGCCAUGUAAUGGGCAUUGAGAAACACUAUAUUUGAGGUUGUCUACCACUAACUUAACAUGGAUCUUUGAAACAAAGAAAAAGUCACUUCAAGACUUGAUAAUCCCCUUCAUAGAUCUGAAGGUCACUUUGCCUUUCUCCAUAGUUAGGAUGAGAAUUGGUUUUUAAAAAGUACACCUUUUUGUCAUAGCUGUUAAAUAUGGUCUCAUAUUACACUGAAAAAAUUAAACUUUACUGAAGGACUGUGAAAUAUGUUUUGUUUGAUGGUUGUGAACUUGGUAACUAAUGUUCCAUGUCUAAAGUUGGCCCUAGAGCUACAUAUGGGCAUAUUCAUAUGUAUAUGAUUGGCCACUGAAGUAAGAUGUUGUCUGUGUGGUACAAAGUUCUGUUGUUCUUAAUAAAAUAUAAUACCACCCUUCAUUCA